UGUUGUUUUCGUUUCAGUAUUCCCAGGAUCGUUCUCAAGGUUAUUUUCUCUCUCUUUGGAUUUAAUUUCUUUGUAGUAUAUGGUUUUUUGUUAAGACAAUGGUGUUUAAGUUAGUGCGCAUUGAUGCGGAAGAGCCGAAUAAAAUUCAGCUGCCGCUAGGAACACAUUUGAUAGGGAGAGGAAAAUUUCUCGAUUGCGAAGAUAAACGAAUAUCAAGAAAUCAUGGUCAUUUAAUCAUAUCUGGGAACAGUGUCGUCAUAGAGGCGUUGCACCAAAACCCCUGUUUCUACACAAAAAAGGGUUCAGAAGAAAAGCAAGUAUUAAAAAAGUCCUGCAAAGAAAUACUUGACAAUGGGGACAGAUUUGGUCUCUUGCCGGGCUCCUACUGGUAUGAGGUGUUGCACUGUACCACAGACACGGACAGUCAAGCAACUGAUGUGUCAAACACAGAGGAACUUAACCCAGGUGAAGGCAACACAAGGAAUAGUCAGAUAGAUCAGACUUUAAAUGCAGAAAAUGGUACUACUAAUGUUAACAACACAAGAGAUAGUCAGAUAGAUCAGACUUUAAAUGCAGAGAAUGUAAAUACAAAUGUUAAUGAAGAGAAUAAAAAUGAGGAUGGAGAUAAUGAAGAUUCUCUUUUGAAUUUUGAGUUGAAUGAAACAGUUGAAAAUGCUGGAAGAUCUGAAUCACCAUCAUUACUUGAUCAACAAAAUUCAUCUGCACCUUUAAGUCCAAUCACCACAGAGCCAACAGACCCACCUGAACCCACAGCACCCACAGACGUCUCAGAACCCACAACUGCUACAGACCCACCAGACCCCACAGCUCCGACAGACCCAUCAGAACCCACAGAUGCAAUUAAAACAGAAGUUCAAACAGAACAGGAAUCAAGAGAAUCACCACCUAAAAGAAGUCACAGUCCAGAGGGGGAUGAUGGAGUGAAGAGGAUAAAGACGGAGCCGAAUGAUGUUAAAGAGGAGUUGCUUGUGAAGCAGGAGCCUGAUGCUGGUGAUGGGGCAGGACCUAGCAGUGGUCAUGCGGACCAAGCUAGCGCAUCAAAUGCAGCAGACGGGAAGGCACCACCAAGCCCGGCGCCAGCGCCUCCCAGGGAGCGAUGCUUGUAUGGAGCUGAUUGUUAUAGACGUAACCCAGUCCACAAGGCGCAGUUCGCGCAUCCCCGCGAUCCGGACUGGGGCUCCGGCGAGCAGGCGCCCUGCCCGUACGGCGCCGCGUGCCGCAAGCGCGACCCGCGCCACUGGCGCCUGCACUCGCACCCGCCGCAGGCCCGCAUGCCUGCACCAGCAGGUGCGCAUGUCGUGGAAAGGCACGGGAACGUGUUCUACAUCAACGCGCACGCCGUCAACUUUUACGACGACCACUUCCAAGUCGAGGACGACGAUGGCGACAGCGUCGAUUUCGACUACGAGUUCUAAACACUUUAGCAACCAAAAACCCGCCUGGUGGGCACUGGUGACCUUUGUUCGGAUGCCGGACAACCCGCUGGGCGGGUUGUCGCUAUACAAGCGGGAGGCUAUAGAUAACGACCGUCUGACCUAGUGCGCAAUUUUUUGUCUGGUAGCGAAUGUGUUGAUCCAAAGUGACAGAUGCUGAAAGCUGGUGCGAUUGUGUUGCUCGGAGUCUGUCCCUCUGUAUAAGAACCUAAAUGCAACAAUGUACCUAUAUGCUGAUGAAGCUAAAGAUACAGUCUUUCACUGUCUUUGAAGAAAGUAACUGUAAAAUAUUAACAUCGAAAGUGACAGUCCAAUAAGUAUGUUUUAAAAGCUGGAAAUUAUAACCAAAAUACGCAUUAAGUUAACAUUAAGGAACUAGAGUUUAUACCCUAAUGAUUAUAAAAACAGAUUUUAAAGCCCAGUUCUAUCAUCUUAAAGAGAAGAAUGUACUGUGAUGAUUACAAAGAGAUUAUGUUUAGGUCAAAAGCCGAAAGCGAGAAAGCGCCAGCGGUCGCAAUCGGCAUCAGAGUCCGACGGUUCAGAUCGAAGUGUGUCUCCUCAAACCCUGAUCCUGACAACGAAAAGGGCCCGGAAACCCCUAGUGAAGAUAGACCAGGAUUC